GCUCCAGCGCUGCCUGCGCCGGGGGCUUGGCGAGGGGCUGAAGGUCGUGCCCAGUCUGUGCCUGCAUUUCCCCGUCCCGGUGCCAGCGUGGCUCCAUUCCGGCGCUGGAUCAAGCCCCGGAACCAUCCCACGAGCCGAGGCCAGGGAGAGCUGCAGCCGAGGCCUGCCGGGGCUGAGCGCGGCAGCCGCGGUGACAGCGCUGCGGCCACGGGGACAGGAGGUGCCAGCGCAGGGCAGCGUCUCCCUGGGAUGCAGCGCCCAGGGGCGCUCGGGGCGUCGCUGGGCUGCCCGGGCACCGCGUGUGCUUUGGCACAGGGGCCAAGGCCGCUCGGCGGGGCCGCGGCAGCUGCUUCCCUUCCCGCGCCUCCUCCCGCGGCCCCGUUAAAGCGCCCGCGGGGCCGCCGCUCGCUCCCGCCGCGGACACCGCUCCACGAUGAUGCUGCAGCUCGUGCUCCUCGCCGCGCUCGCCCUGUGCGGGCGCUGCUCCGAGCUGGAUCUCGAUGGCAUGCAGCGGGUGGUCGGCGGCACCGAGGCGCGCUCGCACGCCUGGCCCUACCAGAUCUCCCUGCAGUAUUACUCCGGCGGCAGCUGGCACCACACCUGCGGGGGCUCCCUCAUCCACAGGAGCUGGGUGAUGACCGCCGCCCACUGCGUCAACAAUAACCUGAACUACCGUGUGGUGGCCGGCGAGCACAACCUCAACAGGAACGAGGGCACCGAGCAGGUCUUCAGCGUCAGCAGGAUCGUCGUGCACCCCUACUGGAACAGCAACAACGUGGCCGCGGGAUACGACAUCGCCCUGUUCCGCCUGAGCAGCCCCGCCACCCUGAACAGCGCCGUGCAGCUGGCCGUGCUGCCCCAGGAGGGCACCAUCCUGCCCAACAACUACCCCUGCUACAUCACGGGCUGGGGCCUGACCCGCACGCCGGCAGCCGCGGCAGCGCUCCGAGCCCUGGACGGCGCCGGCGGGCUCCGCUCGGGGCUCCGCUCGGGGCUCCGCUCGGGGCUCCGCUCGGGUGCCCGCGUCUCCGCCUACAUCUCCUGGAUCAACAUCGUCAUCGCCCAGAACUGA